CCCACCCCUGUAUGUGAUUCGGGUUGCGUUCACUCGUAUUAGAACUAGCAGAUCAACUGACCUGUAGAGUCAGAUCAUGUGACAGAAUGGAGGCGUCGCUGAAAAACAUUCACCCGUUCACCACAUACACAUACCGCCAGGAGCCCAUUUCACAAUAAACGGAUAAGGCGACAAACACCCCUGUCCAACUCAGCUCGUAACGUUUAUUUCCUCACACUGCAAUGAAAUGAGGGGAGCAUGGGGGCCAAGGAGUCGAGGAUAGGAUUCCUGUCAUAUGACGAGGCCGUUAAGAGAGUCACUGAUGUGGAACUGAAGCGGCUGAAAGAUGCCUUCAAAAGAACCAGUGGCCUCUCCUAUUACAUGACCCAGCAGUGUUUCUACAGGGAAGUGCUGGGAGAUGGAGUUCCCCCUAAAGUCGCAGAGGUGAUCUACACCUCGUUUGGAGGCUCUGCCAAAGGGCUGCACUUUAACAAUCUGAUCGUGGGUUUGGUGCUUCUGACCAGAGGACGUGAUGAGGAGAAGGCAAAGUACCUCUUCAGCCUGUUUGCCAGUGAUCUGGGGGGAUAUGCUGCCAGGGAAGAUAUAGAAGCAGUUCUGCAGGUCCUGGAUGGAGAAGUCCCGGCAUCCCUGAAGGAGUCCUUCGGCGAGGGAGACAAGGUCAACUACGAUCGCUUCAGGAACUGGCUCCUGCAGGACAAGGAAGCCUUCACUUUGUCCAGAUGGCUGCUGUCGGGAGGAGUGUGUGUCACCCUGACGGAUGACAGCGACACGCCCACUUUCUACCAGACCCUAGCGGGCGUCACACACCUGGAGGAGUCUGACAUUAUAGACUUGGAGAAGCGCUACUGGUUGCUGAAAGCUCAGUCCAGGACCGGCCGCUUUGACUUGGAAACCUUCGUUCCUCUCGUCUCUCCUCCUAUUCAUGCGUCACUGAGUGAAGGCUUGUUUCACGCCUUUGAUGAAAAUCGGGACAAUCACAUCGACUUUAAAGAGAUCUCUUGUGGGCUCUCCGCAUGCUGCAGGGGGCCUGUUGCUGAGAGACAGAAAUUUUGCUUUAAAGUGUUUGAUGUGGACCGUGAUGGGGUUCUGUCUCGAGAUGAGCUUCAUGAAAUGGUGGUGGCCUUGCUGGAGGUGUGGAAGGACAAUCGGACAGACUUACUCCCUGAGCUGCAGAGUAGUGUGUCAGACAUAGUAGAAGACAUCCUAAAGAUGCACGACACAACUAAGCUGGGUCACCUGACCCUCGAGGACUACCAGAUCUGGAGUGUAAAGAGCGCUUUGGCCAACGAGUUCCUGAACCUGCUUUUUCAGGUGUGCCACAUAGUCCUGGGGCUCAGGCCUGCUACUCCAGAGGAGGAGGGGCAAAUCAUCAGGGGUUGGUUAGAGAGGGAGAGCAGACAUGGGCUGCAGCAAGGCCAGAACUGGUUCCUCAUCUCGAUGCUGUGGUGGCAGCAGUGGAAAGACUACGUUAAAUAUGAGCAUAAGGGCAUCGUGGUGGAACAGCCGUCCAUCCUGAGCUCACUCAGAACUCCAAUGGCCACGGCCACCGUCGAGCCUGCCCUCCCUGAAAGCCUGGGAGGACCGGCCACGUCCGGCCACGUCAGCCCCACCGAGGAGAGGUCACCCGAUGCCGUGUCCAGUGCCUCAGAGGCUACAGAAACUGCAGCACUGAGCCCACAGGUAGCCUCAGCCACAGAGAGCUGUUUCGCACGUCAGCACAACGUCUCAGACAACAACAAUCAGUGUUUUUCUGGAGCCAACGGCCACCUCCCCUCCCAGCUGGCAGCACAAAGACCCGGAGCCAUCGACAACCAGCCUCUGGUCACCACUGACCCCAUGAAGGCGCCCACGUUAACUAUGGAGGGCGGCAGGCUAAAACGCUCCCUGCAGCUGCUGCCUCGUAGAGACUUUGAGACGGUGCCAGAGCCUGUGUGGCGGGCGCUCUACCACUGGUACGGUGCCAACCUCAGCCUGCCGCGACCGGUAAUCUUGGAAAGUAAGACAGGCCAGCCGGAGCUGGAACUCUUCCCCCGCUACCUCCUCUUCCUUCGCCAGCAGCCGGCCACGCGCUCCCCCCAGUCCAACAUCUGGGUCAAUAUGGGUAUGACCAGCCUGCGAAUGUUCCCACCGAAUUUACCCCCCACAAGAGGUAACGUGCCAUCCCCCAACGCUCCUCUGAAGAGGAUGCUGGCCUACACGGGCUGCUUCAGCCGCAUGGGCACCAUUAAGGACAUCCACCUGUACCUGUCGCAAAGGCUCCGCAUCAAGGAGGAGGACAUGAGGCUCUGGCUCUACAACAGUGAGAACUACCUCACACUUCUGGAUGAUGAAGAUCACACACUGGAAAGCCUGAAGAUCCAGGAUGAGCAGCAGCUGGUUAUUGAAGUCAGGAACAAAGACAUGAGCUGGCCUGAGGAAAUGUCUUUCAUUGCCAACAGUAGUAAGAUGGACAGACACAAAGUUCCCACAGAGAAAGGGGCGACUGGCCUCAGUAACCUUGGCAACACCUGCUUCAUGAACUCGAGCAUCCAGUGUGUGAGCAACACCAAGCCUCUCACAGACUACUUCCUCUCAGGGAGACACCUCUACGAGCUCAACAGAACCAAUCCUAUUGGGAUGCGAGGUCACAUGGCCAAGUGUUAUGGCGACCUGGUGAUGGAGCUGUGGAGUGGGACACAGAAGAAUGUAGCUCCACUCAAACUCAGGUGGACGAUAGCAAAGUACGCCCCCCGUUUCAAUGGCUUCCAGCAGCAGGACUCUCAGGAGCUGCUGGCCUUCCUCCUGGACGGCCUCCACGAAGACCUGAACAGAGUCCACGAGAAGCCGUACGUGGAGCUGAAGGACAGCGAUGGUCGGCCAGACUGGGAGGUGGCCUCUGAGGCGUGGGAGAAUCACCUGCGUAGGAACCGCUCCAUCGUGGUCGACCUGUUCCACGGACAGCUCAAGUCUCAGGUGAAGUGUAAGACCUGCGGCCACAUCAGCGCUCGCUUUGAUCCCUUCAACUUCUUGUCUCUGCCUCUGCCCAUGGACAGCUCCAUGCAUCUGGAGAUCACCGUUAUCAAGCUGGACGGCUCCACGCCCGUGCGCUACGGCCUGAGGUUGAAUAUGGACGAGAAGUACACCGGGCUGAAGAAACAGCUGAGUGAACUGUGCAGCCUGAAGCCCGAGCAGAUCCUCCUGGCUGAGGUCCAUUCUUCUAAUAUCAAGUUUGGUUCAGAUGUGCUGACAGCAGCGAUCAGGAAAGCCACGAACUUCCCUCAGGAUAACCAGAAGGUCCGUCUGUCUGUCAACGGCUUCUUGUGUGCGUUCGAGGUCCCGGUGCCGGGUUCACCAACAUCACUGAGCUCGCCCACGCUGACAGAUAUCACACCUAUAGCCAACAACACAGCUGCCAAUGGGCACGUGGGCAGUAAGCUAGACCUCAUCCCUAACGGUGGGCCCUGCAGCCCUGAGACGCCUCUGACCAACGGGGUCGCCAAUGGACACAUCACACCGGUGCACGAGAGCCCCUUCAUUGGAUACAUCAUCGCUAUGCACAGGAAGAUGAUGCGCACAGAGUUGUACUUCCUGUCGUCUCAGAAGAACCGACCCAGUCUGUUCGGCAUGCCGCUCAUUGUUCCCUGCACUGUGCACACCAGUAAGAAGGACCUGUACGACGCAGUCUGGAUCCAGGUGUCCAGACUGGCCAGUCCCCUGCCCCCACAGGAGGCCAGCAACCACGCCCAGGACUGUGAUGACAGCAUGGGCUAUCAGUACCCCUUUACUCUGAGGGUCGUGGGCAAGGAUGGAAACUCGUGUGCCUGGUGUCCGUGGUACAGGUUCUGCAGAGGCUGUACGAUAGAGUGCACAGAAGACCGAGCUUCUGUAGGAAAUGCUUACAUAGCUGUAGACUGGGAUCCAACUGCCCUGCACCUCCGCUACCAGACCUCCCAGGAGAGGAUUGUGGAGGAGCACUGCAGUGUGGAGCAGUCUCGGCGAGCUCAGGCUGAGCCCAUCAGCUUGGACAGCUGUCUGAAGGCUUUCACCAGCGAGGAGGAGCUGGGAGAGGACGAGCUCUACUACUGCUCCAAGUGCAAGACCCACCGACUGGCCACCAAGAAGCUGGACCUCUGGAGGCUGCCACCCAUACUGAUUGUCCACUUGAAGCGCUUCCAGUUCGUGAAUGGUCGCUGGAUCAAGUCCCAAAAGAUCGUCAAGUUUCCACGGGAGAAUUUUGACCCCAGCGCCUUCCUGGCUCCCAGGGACCUCGAGCAUCGCUGCCUCCACUCCCGCAGUGAGAGCGAGGAUCUGCUGAGGGUCGGAGAAGACAAUCUGUCCUCCAUCUCUGCACCCGCUGGCUUUGGUAACCUCCCCAAAGCUUCCCCAGCUUCAAGCAGGAAGUCUGCUCCCUCUCUCAGCCGGAACAGUAGCCCGUCUGGCAGCCCGAAGGCCGGGAGCGGAGGCCGCAGACCAGGUCGGUUGCGCCUUCCCCAGUUGGGCAGCAGACAUCGCCUCUCCAACAGCAAGGAGAACCUGGACGGAGCAGCUAAUUCUGAGGCUGAAUUGAGAGACGAUGCACCGCAGGCGGACCCAGAGGGUUCAGCAGCAGGAGGAGCGCCAGGGCUUCAGGGGUCAGGAGAGGGCGUUGCAUCAGAAUCGUCCUCCGGUAGUGAAGCAUCCAGCAGCCACUGUGACGUGGUCCUUGUGAACGGAGACAGCAACGGGCUGUGCUCCGACUGCAGCACAGAGAGCAGCACGGAGCCGGACGGCUCUCUGCUGCAGCACAGAGACAACAUGUGUCUGGAUGCCAUAUACAACCUCUAUGCAAUAUCAUGCCAUUCAGGAAUAUUGGGAGGAGGCCACUAUGUGACAUAUGCCAAAAACCCCAAUGGGAAAUGGUACUGUUACAAUGACAGCAGCUGCAAGGAAGUGCACUCUGAGGAGAUCGACACCGACUCGGCCUACAUUCUCUUCUACGAGCAGCAGGGAGUCAACUACUCCCAGUUCCUGCCAAAGAUCGAUGGCAAGAAGAUGGCCGACACCAGUAGCAUGGACGAAGACUUUGAGUCAGACUACAAGAAAUACUGCGUCCUCCAGUGACCGCAGCUCGUCUUCCAUCAGCCAGCACUACGCCCGCUCGCCUCUUUCAGCCUGCUGCUCUGAACAGGAAGCGCCAGAAGAUCUCACGAACGGCUGACAGUUGAACCGCGCGCCGUCUUUAUGGCUGCUUCGCAGCACUUUCUAAACUCGACUGCAAACACGGAUCGGUGAAAAGGUUUGCUAAGACAACAGCGAAGCCCCUCCCUGUGAAAGCACCCGACCGGUGCACUUUGCUGAGCCCGACGAACUCCCAUCAGCUCCCACCCCGUGAUCCUCGCCAUGACGUAGAUGUAAAAUAUACUUGCACACUAACGCAUCUCUGAAUGUAUGGCAGUACGGCCGAGUCAUGCAGCGAUGUUGCUUUCUUAUCGUGCACUUAUCACUUGUGAUGUCAGGAUUCAAAACAAAAGACGGCUUUUUCUACCCAGAGUCACGAUUUGACCUGAGCAGGGAAAAACCGAUGUGCUCCAGGUGUGAGUCCCUGCAGGCCUACGGAUGCCAACUGUACACGGGGCCCAGCGUUCACUGUGUGCUGGAGUGACGUUUGGUGCCACGGGAGACGACGGAUGCCCGGGCAAGCUUUCAAACCAAUGGUUCUGCUGAGGUUUUAUUAGCGAUAGUGUGAGCAGGAAAACACGCGUCAUACGCUACCUCAUCGCUUCCUGCAUUCUUUCAGCCAACUGGACCCCAAAAGUCUGUGACAGUAUUAAUAUCAUGAAAUGCUUCCUUUUAGUGUAGGAGACUCGGUACAUGCAUUCAGGAACAUCCCCACAAAGACCCCCCUCCCCUCCCAGGACACUCGGGUCCUGAUGUUCACAUCAAAUUCGGCACGUUUGCCAAAAGCUGUGUUUGGUCCUGCAGCUGCCAAAUAUCCACGGUGAUUUGUGCAAUGUUGACCAGUAUGUAGCCACGACGACUGAGAACCUGGGUUUGUUGGGGACAGGUGCCAUGAUUUAAAAAGUUGUACGGUAUAUGUUUAAACGCUUUUUUUGAUUAUGUAAAUGUGUCAUUUUAGAGGAUCUGCUUUAUUUUUUUUAGUUUUUCUUAGAGUUGCUUCAGGCUACCUAAAGGCCCCACCUGUAGACAUCAGGCACAUCUCCAUGGGGCUGAUGCAAACCUCUGCAGUUCUCUGCUGUCCACCCAAACCUGGACUUCCUGCGUCCAUCGCAGCCAAUUAUUUUACUGUUUGUUAUUUUAAAAGUGUCAAAACGGAAGAACCAGAGAUUUUUUUUAUUUGCUCAAAGCCUGUAAACCACAUUACCCAUAAUGCUAUUCAGAAUCCAGCUUUAGCCUUUAUCACUGUGUCUCAUGUGGCUUCUGUGCUUACACUUAACUUUGCUCACAUUCGAAUGAGUCCCACAGAUCGCUGUGAGUGUUUCUCACCUUCACCGGGUGUCACCUUGGCUGCUUCACACAGAGGCAGGGAAGCCUUUGUUAACCAUGAGUGUUACAUGUGUUGCACUGUUGGGUUUUUUGUUUUUCACGCAACUAGAGCAGCUUUGCAUGAUUCACAGUUCGGGUACUUUUGGUUGCACCGUGCAAACGUGGAGUUGGAAAAGCACCUGGGUUUUAACUUCUGUCCCUGAAGCGAUCAUAGUUCAUAUAUCUACUCUCAGCGAAUUCAUACAGACCUGAUAAACCUUCCUGGACUGUGAGGUCAGAAGUCAUGCUGUUUAAUAUGAGCAGUGACUUUUGCACCAGUGUGUGCACGAUAGGAAAUAAGGAAGAGCUCCUUCAGUGUCGAGUGCGGACGUGCACUCAUAGAUCGGCCAGAUAUCUAACAAAUAUCUCCGAUAAAUUCCCACUCGUGUGAUUUCUCUCCCCUGUCAGAGUUCACACACUGUGUCAGACAGUUUGUAGUGUACUGACACGAGUAUUUCAUUUGAGUGAGAGGCGAAUGCAAUGACCAAUGGAGCGGCUGCAGAGGGUUGGUCAGUCGCUUCCCUCCGACUCCACAUCAUUACAUUUUUAAAGCUUCCAUCUUGUAUUUUUGAGUUGUUUUAACGUGUAAUAGGAACAGAGCUCCCUUUUAACAGCAGGCUCAGCCUCGGGUUCAAUGCCGCUUAGCACACCUAAAACCUGAAGCAUGAGUAUCGCUGCAGUGGUCCCACCUCCUGCUGCUUAGGGGAUCAUAGAUGCUCCUGGAACACUUUUUAUUAAAAAAUGAAUCUAUGGAUAACCACUUGUUGGCUAGCUCACUGGCUACAGCCUCCAUAGGCUGGUAUAUUAGUCACUUGUGCACUUGGCCACAUCUGCCCUGCCUCGUGUAUGAGCAGCCUGCUUGUGAAUGACACCACCAAUGCAAGCGUUCACCUUUCUGAGCUUUCUGGGUAUCGAGCCUGGAGAGCCGUGUGAGGUGCCCCGUCCUGUACAGUCUGAUCGCUGCAGCAGGGGUGCUGAAACCACGUAUUUGUGAAUGGGUACCAUCAAAGCACAACACAAACUGUAAGGUCUUACUCCAGCUUCUGUAGUUCUAGCAGAUCUUAAUGCCCAGUCUCAAUAGACGGACUUUCACAAUCUCAUUUUAAUAGCUUAGUGUUUCAUAUCUUAAACCAGUUUCCCCCUUUUCCUCAGCUGAGCCAUCCAGUGGGCCAGCCACACCCUGAUGGGUGUCCAACAAAAGCGAGUGACAUGUCAGUGUAGACAGUGGCAACAGUGUCCAUUUUUAAUGAUUUCAUUUCUUAGCUGCUGGCAUAACGUUUGAUGACUGGGAUGAUGGUUUCUGGUGGAAAUGAAUAAAUAUUGAAACUUUUUCAGGAAGUUCUAUGAAAGUUUUAAGAAAAAUCAAAUAAGUGUCUUAGAACAUUUUCACCUUUUGCCGGGAUGUUUUCAGGGAAAUGAUUUGGAAACAACCAUCCCCCCGUAGACAGAUGUGCUCACGUGUGGAAAGUAACCAAAGUCUGUUUGUGUGAGGAGCGUAAAUGCAUCGCUACACGACUGGAGCCAACGUUCGAGCAAAUGAUUUGUUUCUGUGGGUCAGAGUGCUGCCGUUCCUCCUUUCCUCUGAAGGUUUGGCUGCUUCGACGUGGCUGCUGAGGUCUCUUUGAGAUGGACGAGCCCAUGUUUUCACCGCGUGGUUCCAGCUGCAGAGUUCUGUGUGUCUGCUUUGUAGCAGCAAUGGCGGAGCUCCUGUCACGUCAGGGGGCUCCGUCUAAUCACUGUGAACAGACGGCAGACUGUCGAUGGCGCCCGGCUUCGUCUUCUGGAGCGCAGAGCCUCGUCUCUGCGUUCGUCCCCUUUUUUAGCUGCUGUAUUUGUGAUGAGACGACUUUGUUAUGGAUGUACUUGGAGAUAAAUCUGUCACUGAAUGAAACUUUAUUUCCUUCUGCAAAGAUCACAUUUGUUGAGCAAAUGGAAAUGUACAUAAGAGUGUUAUUUAUGUUUGCUUGGCCAGCUCUUUUUCUUUUCCCCUCCACCCUCCUGCCGUCACACUGAGCUGUAGACAGUGUCCAGUUUGUGUCUGUGGUUGAAGGUUAUCACAGGACUCGAAGGAAAAAUUGUCCCUUGAGAGCUCAGUUUGCAAUGUUUGCUCUACUUAAAGGUGCAAUAGAUGUCAACUUCUUUCUUUUUCUCUUUGUUUCUUGGGCUGUGAAUGUGCCCUCAAACGGCCGGUAGCUUAAUCUCUUAGCAGAAAUGUUUCAUGUCGGGGUUACUUUCAGCACAAUUUUUCUAAUCCAGGAACGAGGAUUUGACGCCCAGGGAAACUGGACUAUCUCUGAAACUGGGCAAGCACGGAUUCUGUAGAACAUCGGGCUAGCAUCUGAAGCCCCGCCCCCCAGGAAGAUUAGUUCACGGUGUGUCAGGCAGUGCGAUCGACUACUGAGCUGUCUUUCAGUGUGUGUAGCUUCUUUUUUUAUUUAAGUUCAUAUCUGUCUGAUGUGAACCAGAUGUGUUAAUUUAAUAAACUUUUUUGUAAGGUGUUCGUUGGAAGAAAGUCACAUUGCACUGACAUGAAAACGUGUACAUAAACAAAACGUGUUUUGUAAAUAAGCCAAUGAAAACUAUGUAUUUGAAUAUGAACUGUACAAAAUACUGUACCUGUAGUUGUGUAUAUGGAGUGAUCCUGUUGAUCUGUAACGAAAUACCCAAGCAACAAAUUAAAUUCAGCAAAGGAAA